AUGGAUUUUAAUACAAUUACGGGCAUUAUUGGAGGGAUCAGCAAUAUGAUUCAAAAUAAUGUUGAAACUAUCGAAGUCCCUGCAUCAACAAUAAUGGGUCGAUGGUUUCAGAUGUAUAAAGCUGCAGUAAACUUCGAUGUUUAUAGAACCGAAAUGUUUUGUCCCGUUGCUUAUUUUCGACCAAACGUCGUUAUGGGCGAAGAUGGAUUUUCUAUUGAAGAAGCCUAUCGCGUUAUAUCGAAAAAUGGGCCUGUCGAAACGUAUAAGAAGGAUCUAAACAAAGUUGGGCCAGGCCAAUACUGGAUGUACACAGAAGAAUAUUUCUAUCCGAGGCAAUUUUAUAUAAUCAAAGUCGGGCCAAAUUAUAGUAAUGAUAGUAGUUCGGUAAACUCAUCGAGCAUCUAUGAUUAUAUGGUUGUUACUGAUGCUAGUCGAUUAUCAUUAAUGGUCUACGCAAGAGACCCCAUGAAAUUCUUUCAGAAUUUCAACAAAGAGGUUGUGGAAUAUUUAGAGAAGGCUGGAUUUGGAGGGAAAAUAUUCUGGAAUACACCUCGACCAAUUUAUCAAGGCUCCGACUGUGAAUGGCCAUCAGAGAAAGAAGUGUUUGCACGAAGGGUAUUGAAAAAUCAAGAAAUCGCUCAGCGAUCAAAGAAUGAACGAGAUUCAGAAUUACGUAAGAACGCAGGUGGAAAAGGUAGCGCCGGUAUCGCUGAAAUGCUUAAAAAUCCGCAGAUGCUUGGUGUUUUUAACCUUCCUCAUGCUCAACGUUUUGCUGCAAAACCAACCGUACCACCUGAAUUGAAAAAAUAUUUUGAACUCGACGAUCAUGCUCUUGGUUUAGUCGAUAGUGUCAUUGGUCCUAGGCCAGGAGGUUUUUUUCCACCAAAAAGUUACGAAAUCGGACGUAGCUCAACAAAGAAUCUCGUUCAAACACAAACUAGUAAUCCUUUAAGCGAGGUUGAGCGCACUCUUGAACAUUUCCUGACUGGUUCAGAUUCUGCGCGCUUACCUCCUGGCUUUAAUCAAGGAUUUUCCUUAUCCAGAGGCAGUGAAGAUAUACUUUCUUCAUAUUCAUCCAGCAAAAAAUCAACGGAUAACAGAGAUCCUUCAUCGUCGAUUCGAGGUAUUCCUAACGUAUAUCCAGAUUUAUCAAAGCCACCUGUUGCUUUGAGAAAUCCACAAUUUUCGCAUCUCAUUGCUGAUAAGAUUCCUGGAGUACCUUUUAUCAAAUCUCGGCCAGAAGUACCUGAAGGAGGAUUUGCGCCGGAUGGUGUAAGACGUGCGCCUUCAAAUUAUCUUGGCGAUGAUUUUGUGACGCCGGAGAGUGAAUAUGGUGCAUUGACAGACGAAGAUUCAUCAUCUGGAGGUUUGAUCGGAACAAUAAUUAAUCUGAUUGGAUUAAAUGGAAAUAAAGAAACUGAAAAGAAUGAUGCUGCCAAUUUAGGCAAAGCAGUCGGAAAUUUGAUCGGCAGUAAUAACAGUCCGAUACCAGCGAAGGAUAUGAUAUCCAAUGUCCUUUAUAAGGCUCUGACAAGUGGCUCGGUGCAGGGUAAUGAUACAGAUGAACUGACAUUCAAUUUCUCUCGUCCUAUUGAAUUGACGUCUGCGCAGAAAGCUGCAAUUGGAGAAAAUCUUGAAAUGAUCCAAAGUCUUAUUACACAACCUUCCUCUCCACUAUGCAAUCCAAAGCCUAUUCCAGUUUCAGACUUUAAUAUUGAUGCAUUUAUGGGUCAGUGGUACCAGGUGAUGUAUAGUCCGCCGCUUGCAUCUGGUCCAUGUAGCAUGGUAGCUUAUAAAAAGCUGGCUGAUGUCAACAAUGGUGGAGCUGGUACAAUUUUCGAGAUAUUCGAAUAUACUAGUGAUGGAACACCUUAUGUUAAGCCACGAAUCAGCUCUGGAUAUGCUAUAUUAAAGCAGUCAGGGGAAUUAAUAUACAGAACAACGAGUAAUCAAGAUGAUGUUAAUGUGCACGUAAUUUAUGUUGGCCCACUGAACUCGAAUGGUGAAUACAGCUUCACAAUCCUUUCAACAAAUUGUAAUUAUCCUAUAUACGUAUUCGCUCGAGAUCCCGUUGUAUAUAGACAGCGGCACGAAACAACGGUGAACCAAAUAUUAGAAGAAAUGGGUCUCGUCAAUGGAUUUUCUCGACUUUUUAAUAUCAUUGCUCCUGUGGACAAUUCAAUUUGUUCAUUCCCACCAUCACUUUUCAAUAUUCAAGGAUAA